AUGUUGUCAUAUCCUGUCAUAUCCAUGUCAUAUCCUGUUCCCCCCAGGUUUGAGAAGAUGACCAGCGGUAUGUACUUCAGGGAGAUAGUGAGACAGAUUCUCAUCGACCAACCAGGAGAGGUCUUCUGUUCCCGGGGCCACAUCACAGAGCCUCUGAAGAGAGACCAAGUAGUACAGCUACUAAGUGACCGCUUGGCGCUACUGCAGGUGCGGUCCAUUCUGCUGCAGCUGCGUCUAAACAGCAUACGUGAUGACAGCGUCAUCGUCAAGGUGGUGUGGUCCAUUCUGCUGCAGCUGCGUCUAGACAGCAUACGUGAUGACAGCGUCAUCGUCAAGAGAGGUCGGCUGGGGACCUCUGAGAAAGGGAAGGGUGUGUGGUACAUUGUCUCCGCCUGGUGGCCACCGUUGUCGACACAAUCCGAUAGAACCGUGGGCCGAACCAAAUGGACAUCACUGUGGGGGUGAACGGAACGCGCUACAAGCUGCAUCCACAGUGUGUAGUCUCCAGGGGCAAGGGAAUUUUCGAUUUCACAGGAUUAUAAAUUAUACUUGUGUCGUUUAAUUGGUAUAAAGAAAGAAGGGGAUAUAUUAUUUCUGGUCAGAUGAGACACAGCAAGGAAAGACUAAUCAAACCUCUAGAGGUAGCAUGUGGUCAGGAGUCAAACUAACACAAAGGUUGCAGUAAAACACUUAAAGACACACCCUAUCCCCUCAACCCUCAAAUUAAGUGGAGACUUCUGAUGACGUUUCAUGACGUCUGACAAGUAUACACUUGCAAGACAAGGGGCGAGGAAGAAUUGAUUCGGUCAUUAUUUUACAUUCACCAUUGUUGCAUUGCUAACGUGGCUAGAAGAGCUUAGUGAGAACUCACAUUAAAACAAAUUGUGUUGCAAUUCCCGAACAAUCAUCAACAUGCCUAAAAGAAAGAGUGCUACCAAGGGAGAUGAGCCUGCAAGACGUUCAGCACGUUUGUCAUCUAGA